CCUUUUACUUCCACGUGUCAAGAAUGUUGACUUUCCAUAUCACAUUGUCUGUUUUGAUGUGUUUCCUCUAUUUAAGAAUAUGAAAGCGCCUUUCACUCGAUACCUUAGGCUUAUCAAUUAGCUCUAUCUAUUAGUCUUUACAGAUACAGAGACAUGACAUCGCUCGCAAACGAUAUUGACUCAACCACACCAGAAGUCUCCAUCGAGGCCUUUCCAUACCUGCGAGUCUACAAAGACGGAACCAUCGAGAGACUUGCCGGGACCCAAGUUGCACCCACGGGUCUCGAUCCUCAAACUGGCGUCGUCUCUAAAGAUGUCCUCGUCGUGCCUCAAACCGGCGUCUCUGCCCGACUGUACAGGCCCGAACUCAAAACCGACAAGCCUGUUCCUCUCGUUGUUUACUUUCAUGGAGGAGGGUUCUUCAUAUCUUCAACUGGCGACCCAGUUUACCAUAACAGCCUCAACAAGCUGGCCGCCGAGGCCCAAAUCAUAGUUGUUUCUGUCAACUACAGGCUUGCACCGGAGAAUCCUCUUCCGACGGCUUAUGAAGACUGCUGGGAAGCGCUCCGGUGGGUGUCUUCACAUUCUGUUGAAGGCGGUGUUCAGUCGCCGGAGCCGUGGCUGAAAGAUCACGUUGAUUUUGACCGGGUUUUCCUGGCGGGAGACAGCGCGGGUGCCAACGUUGCCCACCACCUGAUCUGCCGAAUAUCCGAGCAGGACCCGAGCCCGAGACUGAAGAUAUCUGGGUUGGCUUCAAUCCAGCCUUAUUUCUGGGGAGAAGAACCAAUUGGUUCGGAGGUCCAUGACUUAGUUCGGAAGACAAUGGUGGACCGGUGGUGGAGUGUCGUUUGCCCUUCGGACAAGGGAAACGACGACCCUCUCAUAAACCCGUUCGCUGAGGGAGCCCCAAGUUUAGAAGGGUUAGCACCUUGUCCCAAGAUAUUGGUUCUUGUCGCAGGGAAGGACAUACUGAGGGAUCGAGGGUGGCUUUACUAUGAAAAAGUGGCCAAAAGUACGUGGGGAGGCACCAUAGACAUUAUGGAGACUCCAGAAGAGGACCAUGUGUUCCAUAUUCUCAACCCCAACUCCGAAAAUGCCAAGGCCUUGAUUAACCGUUUGGCUACUUUCGUUAACCAAAAGGUGAUCUAGUAAUGAAAGAUCGAGAGCAGCUUUCACAAAUAUUGCUUUCAUGUACUGCUUUAAUAUGUCAUUAACAUAGUCUACCUUCUCUUUUA